UUUCACCAAGGUUUUUUGCUGAGAUGCUAGAUUAUAUUAUCAAGUUUUUUAUUGUAAUGCCAAAUCUUAAUUCUACGGACGAUAAGUGGAAGAGGAGGAAAGAGGACUCAUAACAUGCAAAGAAAUAAAACUAGCCUUUAUGUAAGAAUUAGAGUCCAUGUUCAUUAUUCUUUUCCAUGCAAAUACCAUAUUCUGUGUGUCAGAAUCAUUUGAUGAUACACGAUGUGGAACUUUGAAAUCAAAACAUGAAAAUAGCUUUCAGUCACUGUCCAACACAGAAGACAGAACACACCCAAACAUGGCUUCGCGCCUCUGUUGUUCUUCCCCUUCCCCUCUCUCCCAUCAACAUCGCUGUUCUCAAACCUAUUCCCGCAUCUCCCCUUCUCCAACCACCAAACCCAAAACCUCCCUUCCGCUUAUUCAUGUCUCCUUACAACAACACCAACACCCAGAACAAGAAGCACCCUCGUCUUCCUCCAAACCCCGCAUCUGGGUUAACCCCAACAACCCCUUAGCCAAACGCCUCCGCCGCAAAUCCAACUCCUCUAGGUACGUCUCCCUUGUCAAGUUCGCCCAAUCUCUCGAUUCCUGCGACCCCACUUCCGAACAAGUUUCUACGAUCCUUGCUUCUUUCGGGGACACUGUUCUUGAACGUGAUGCGGUCUUUGUUCUUAAUAAGAUGGAGAAUUCUAACACAGCGCCUCUUGUAAUGAGACACUUCAGGGACAAGAUUAAACCCUCUAAAGACACCGAAUUGAUUCUCUAUAACGUUACCCUCAAGGUGUGUAGGAAAUCCAUGGAUUUCCAAGCUGCGGAGAAGCUGUUUGAUGAAAUGCUUCAGAGAGGGAUGCAGCCUAAUAACAUUACAUUCUCCACUUUGAUAAACUGUGCCAGGAUGUGUGCUUUGCCUGAUAAGGCUGUCGAGUGGUUUGAGAAGAUGCCAGGCUUUGGAUGCGAGCCAGACGGAAUUACCUCGUCGGCUAUGGUAUAUGCUUAUGCGCGCACUGGUAAUGCUGACAUGGCCCUGAAGCUAUAUGAUCGAGCGAAGGAGGAGAAGUGGCGCCUUGAUGCCGUGGCAUUCUCGGCAUUGAUUAAGAUGAUUGGAGUGUCCGGAAACUAUGAUGGAUGCUUGAGUGUGUACCAAGAAAUGAAGGAACUUGGUGUGAGGCCUAACAUGGCAUUGUAUAACACGCUGUUGGAGGCCAUGAGGAAAGCUAGGAGACCCCGGCAAGCCAAGGCUAUAUAUUCAGAGAUGAUAAGUAAUGGGUUCUCACCAGAUUUGGUAACCUAUGCAUCUCUUAUAAGGGUUUAUGUCAGAGCACAAUUUAGUGAUGAUGCUCUAAGUGUUUAUAAGGAAAUGAAGGAGAAGGAAAUUGAGAUGAGUUCAAUUCUUUAUAAUGUACUUUUGGCGAUGUGUGCUGAUGUUCACCGUGUUGAUGAAGGUGUUAGGAUUUUCAAGGACAUGAAGAGUUCUGGGACUUGCCAGCCUGACAGUUGGACCUAUUCAUCCAUGAUCACCUUGUAUUCGUGCCAUGGCAAAGUUUCAGAGGCAGAGGCAAUGUUGAAUGAGAUGAUUGAAUCCGGAAUUGAGCCUACUAUCCGUGUUCUGACAUCGAUGGUCCAGUGCUAUGGAAAAGCCAAGCGAACUGAUGAUGUAGUGAAGAUAUGUAAUCAACUCUUGGAUUUGGGGAUGGUUCCGGAUGACCGCUUCUGUUGUUGUCUUCUGAAUGUUAUGGCUCAAACACCAAAUAAAGAGAUGGGUAUGCUGACAGAUAGUGUUGAGAAGGGUAAUGCAAAACUUGGGUCUGUGGUUAGAUAUUUGGUGGAAGAACAGGAAGAUGAUGGAGAUUCUUUUAUAAAGGAAGUAUCAGAGCUUCUUAGUUCAGUUGAUGCUGAAGCGAAAAUGCCCUUAUGCAAUUCUCUCAUUGAUCUUUGUGUGAAGCUGAAUGCAAAUGGCAGAGCACAUGACCUUCUAGACUUGGGGCUGAAACUUGAGAUAUAUGUUGAUGUACAGGUCAGGUCUCAAAUUCAGUGGUCGUUGCACCUGAAGAGACUCUCGGUUGGAGCUGCUCUUACUGCGUUACGUGCUUGGAUGAACGACUUGUCGAAGGCCUUUGAAUGCGGGGAGGACCUUCCACCAUUGCUUGGAAUUAAUACUGGGCAGAGGAAGUACAAGCCUUCAGACAAAGGUCUGUUUAGUGUCCUUGAAUCACGUUUGAACGAGCUCAAUGCUCCAUUCCAUGAGCAUCCAAACAAGGCUGGCUGGCUUUUGACCACCACCACGGAAGCCAAGUCAUGGCUGGAGUCUAAGGGUUCAACCGAAUCAAUCUCCACUUCAAACUCCCUGACUCAAACAAAUGAACAAUGGCCUGUCACCGUUAAUAAUGUUUAGGAGAUGUACAAUGUAGUUAUGCAUUUUCUGAUUCAUUUUGCAGAAACGUUGUAUUCGUUUAAUAAAGAGUAAAUUAUUUUUCGUAUUAAUAAAUUUUGAAGGUCUUAUAUAGAGUA